AUGGUCGCGACAGUUGUUCCAUUUUUCCUCCCACUUGAGUCCGUCGGACUGGGCACACUCAUCCAAAACAUCAACCACCCACUCGAAGGUUAUCACGAGCCUCCAACUGGUGACGUACCUGAGGCCAUUGUAACGCCGUUCUCUUUUCCCAGCCAGAAUCGGCAGAAUAGAAAGACGGAAUUUGGGUCUGCCUUGACGUCUCUGAUAUCUGCAGGAUUUUCUAAACGUCCUCAAUCCCAGGUCCAUCUAGCACCAGCUCGUGGCAAAAAUUAUUGCCUCGACAAUUCUGAUGCAUGGUUUGACAAAGCAGUCAGUCUCCCAGAAACGAGAGAGUGGAUCGAAAAUGCUGCUCUCCGCGGCCAUAAGACCUACAUUAUUGUCGGUAUCCAAACCUUUAUCGAUGCUCGCAUCGUCCAGAAGUUAGCCGGGGGGCGACAAGCCGGAGGUCAAGCUACUACCGCUGCCAUGCCUUUCGCCGACCUGGUUGAUCCCGCUAUCCGGGAACAUCAGAAUGCUGAAAGCGAUCAACUAUGGCUCCUCGCUUCCAGCGAACAAGUAUGGUCCUUGCAGUACCGCGAAGUUAGAACUAGAUGGCUAUCUAGCCGACUGCUCAAACCACUGCAACUCUCGAAGACGCGUCGGUGGUCAUGCAUGGAGGGCGGCAUAUGA